CACCUGACGCCAGCGGGGGGCACUGCGUCCGACCGGAGCCCCGGAGUUGUCCCCCAGGUUGUCCACCGAGGGCAAAAUGACCACCCUGCCCCCACUGCCACUGAUCCGUCCAAAGCUUGCGUCCAUAGCGCGACAGAAGCUGCCAUGCUCCUCCAAAGUCCUCCCAAGAGCUCAACUGAUCAAAGAAAAAGAUGACAUAGAUCAUUAUGUGGAAGUGAAUUUCAAAGGAUUAUCAAAGGAAGAGGUUGCUGCUCACAGGAACUCGUACAAGAAGAACAUCUGUGUGGACAUGCUACGGGAGGGCUAUCAUAAGUCCUUCACGGAGCUCUUCUACCUGAUGGAGCAGUGGGACACCCUGCGGGAGGCUGCGAAGGCCAGGUCCACCUUGUGGUUGCAGAGGCCCCUGGAAGAGCAGCCUGAUAAACUGGACCACUUGUACCACUACCUGACCCGGGCUGAGAUUGCUGAAAGGAAAGAGUACUUUGAAGAUGUAUAUAAUAACUUGUAUGCUCUGGCCUGUUACUUCAACACUCCUGAAGACCAGUGGGUAAGGAAUCACUUUUAUGAACGAUGUUUUAAGAUUGCUCAACUGAUCAAAAUUGACGGAGGGAAGAAAGAAGCCGAAUCGCACUCGAACAUGGGCCUUCUCUACGAAGAAGAUGGUCAGCUUCUUGAAGCUGCUGAGCAUUAUGAAGCAUUCCAUCAACUGACGCAAGGGCGGAUAUGGAAGGACGAGACAGGCCGCUUUCUCAACUUGUUGGCCUGUGAGAGUCUCCUGAGGACUUACAGAUUACUCGCAGACAAAAUGCUCGAAAAUGAAGACUACAAACAGGCCAUCAAAAUUCUAAUAAAAGCUUCUGAAAUAGCCAAAGAAGGAAAUGACAAAAAAAUGGAAGGAGAGGCUUCCUAUUAUUUGGGCUUAGCAUACUGGUCUGCUGGGGAUCACAAAUCAGCAUUAACAGUCCUUAAUGCUUUAACUAAAAUCUCCGAAGACCUGGAUGAUGAGCUCAGUCUGGGGAGAGCGUAUGAAGCCAUUGCCAAGGUCCUGCAGAGCCAAAGAGAAAUUCAAGGAGCCAUUAAAUGCUUGAAAAAAGUUCUGGAAAUUGCAAGAAACACUUUUCAAAACCUAAAUAUUGUGCGAGCAAGUACAAUGCUUGGAGACAUUUACAAUGAAAAGGGGUUCUAUAGCAAAGCUUCUGAGUACUUCCAGCAAGCUUUUGACACAACAGGAGAACUAGCAAUCGUGCCUCUGAUGGAAGAAACGAAGGUUCACUAUGGGAUAGCCAAAGCUCACCAGAUGAUGCUGACGAUGAGCAAUUAUAUAGAAUCCGAGGACAUCACCAGUCUUGGCUACCUGCUGUCAUGGAAAGAGAGCAGAAGUAACAUCACCUUUGACCAGACUGUCGGAUCUAGAAAAUCCACAAUGGACAGGCUAUCUCAAAAUUCAGAUACUUUAGAGGAAGAAAUAAACAGGUUCCUGGAAAAGCAAAAGAAACAUCCUCUAUAAAGCAAGAAGAAAUUUACCAUCUCACCUUAACUUUGAUGCAUGUAAUAGAAAUAUGUUACAAACCAUAUAGGUAGAGUUAUAAUAAAACUGACUAUGAUUGUGCUGUCUUUGGAUUUUGUAUUGCAAUGUAUUACUGCAAAUUAAGUUUAAAAUAUCCUAACUCUGAAAAUAAAAAAUCUCCCCAAUACUAAAAAUAUCAGCAAUU